AUGCUUGCAACAGUCGCCUGCUUGGACGUGUCCUACGUGCUGAUGCACAUCCGCGGAAACCCUCUGAAGCUGGUUGAGAUGGCUUGCUACCAAGACGGGAACGUUGUGACCGGCUUCCAAAGAGACCUUGCGCAGAAAAUACAAAAAGCAUUAUGUGGAGGCAUCAAGCGCAGGAACCUAAUCAUUGAACCCGGCUUUGGCUUUGCCAAGGACCUUGAGUGCAACUACCAGUUGCUCCACUUGCUUGAUACGCUCCAAUGCGCCUUUCCAAUCAACACGAGGACUCCAUUUUGCACGGAUUCUGCUUCUCAUUGA